UGACUGUAGUCAUGCUGGAGCACCAUAUAUUAUUAUCUUAUUUUUAUUUCAGUCCGAAUGUCUGUGCCGUCCAAGAAGUGACUGGAACUGGUGACCGAUAUUUUCCGAAAUGCCUUGCAAGGAGAGUAUUAAGGCUGUGUGGAAGAUCUACAUUUGUUCGUCUGCAAUGUUGUCCCGGAUAUGAGAAGGUUAGAGGACAGCCUGGAUGUGCAGCAAGUCUACCUUUGGAAAACCUCACCGAUACCGCAGAGAAUCUUCGUCUCCAGCAGUUCCAUAGCCAUGCCAAGCGACCUAAUUUUCGCAGAAUGUUAUCUCCCAACCAGGCUUACACAAUCUUCGUACCAAACGAUGAAGCUUUCUCCGAGAGCAUUCGUACCUCAGGGUAUUUACUUUCAUUCUCUUAUUCCAUUAUCUUCAUGUUCUUAUAUUUUUUAGUUUCGUGUUUUGUUACUCAUCGGAUGAUCCUCAAACGAUUCCAUUAACAUAUGUGUUUUUUA